CUACUUCGAAGUUUCGCUUUUAUUAGACACAUACAACUAAGCUAGAAAACUACAUGUGCUUUAUUCAAAUUAAAAUAUAUGUAUAGAUCUACAUGCUAGGGACUUUAAAGCUAAAAAUUUGACUGAAUAAAUUGGCAAGUGUUCAGUCUGAAUACGGUUAAACCACUGAUCAUUUCAUUGUUUCAUAAAACACUUGAUAUAAUUAAGAUUAAAGUGUGUUAAAUAUAUGACUACAUUAAUCAAUAUGUAUAUUUAAACCGCCACGUAAUCGGCCUGAAAUCAUAAUGAAUAACGAAAAGGAAGUUAACCUUAAGUAUUAAAUAGCCGUGGGAGUAUUUUAUAGUAAUCAAACGUUUAAACUGGACUAAAAUCUUAAGCAGUAUCAAACAAGUGUGUAACUGGAUUUGUGGAAUAUGAUGAACCCGAUUGAAAAAGCCGCCAUUCUUUCACUUAAACAGGAGUUUAUAGAAAGCGUGGAACCAAUGACACUGGUUUCCAGUCUUUAUAAAAGUGACUACGUGAAGAAAAGUUUUUAUAAAACCGUUCAGCUUCUCUUUCGAAAUGGAAACAAAAGAGAAGAAAUAAUCUGUUAUGUAAUAGACAGUUUCCCGUUUCAAGUAGGAUUUCCGUCACUAGUAAUCACGUUGGAUAAGUGUCGUUAUUACAAACUGGCAGCCCGUUUAUUUUUAAAACUCUUUGAGUUUAGUAGUGACUUUCGGAUUCAUAAUUCAGAGUCGGCAAGUAGGGCAAAACAACUGUUUUUCCGCAAUUUGAAACGAAUGGUACAUGACUCCCAAUUUAAAAACCCGAGGAAGGCAUUGAGGUAUAUGGCUGUGCGGUGUAAAGCAGACCUAGACAACGAAACAGACGAGUACAAACGGCAGUUACUGGCCGAUCGUUGUGUAGCAAUUAUAGGUGUUGAAAUAGAUGCCUUUUAUGACUCACUUGCCUGCGAGAAUGAAAUAACACAGAAAGAAAUGUUUUCUGAAAUGAGAAAGCUGAUUCCUCACACAAGCAACCCGUUGAUUACGGAUACAGUAUAUUACACAAGACAGGCUAAUAUGAAUGCUUUUCAUGGGAACAUCCAGCAUGCCGAAGAUAUGCUUAUUCAGGCAAGGACAAGUGCAUUCACUAUUCAACAUUGCCUUGAACUAGUUAACAUGCUAUAUGUUGAGGUAUAUGUGAAAUUAUGGGAGUUUGAAAUUAAUCCCUCGAAGUCAGUAUUAGAUUCUAUCAUGAUGUGGGGUCGCAUUGGAUUAGAAAGCCUUGAAGCAGAGAGCGAAGCGACUAAAUUACUGUGGCGGCGGAUGUUUAUAUUGCGGAUGGUUUUUGCUUUGUUGGGAAUAGGAAACAGGGCAAAUAUUAUUCCACAAUAUAUCGUAGAUCCUGUGUCUUUACAAGAAGCACAAACUUUACUUGCAGUGAUUGACACAAACUGGAAUGAUAUCGAAGUGAGAAGAGAGAUGUUCUACUGUGUUGCAAGAGCAAGGUUAAACGAACAAAUAGGUCGUUUUGAAGAAGCGAAACAUUACAUAGACAGGGCGAAACGUCUGGCUGUACAAGGGAGAUUUCUUGAAAAGAUACCUUUUAUAGAUGAAUUCGCUACAAUGAUUGACAGCAGAAUAGGCACUUCUAGCAUAGAUUCGUCAAAUACCGCGGAAGUUAUCAACAUGACAUCCUUACCUAGACCAGGGUCACCAGCGUCUGUAGCUGGAAAUAGUCAAACACAGGUGAAGUGUCCUGAUCUUAAUAAAGGGUUAAGAUACUCAUUAACAUCGAAAAAAGACAGCAGCUCAAAGAUAUGCCACAAUAUGCAAGAAAUUAAAACGACAGAGUGCAGUGAAACAUUUUCCAGAUGCACGAAUAUAGAAUGUAGGGAGUGUCGUUCUGUGCCACGCCUAGAAACAUUUAAGUGCAUAGAAGAGUCCAGUCUGUUUCAGAAGGAACACGUCGGUCAGUUGGGAGCAAUCAAUCUAUAUCAGGCAACUGAAUUUAGUAACAGUGGACGAGAAUAUCGAAGCUCGAAUGGAGAUGAUGAUUUGAAAAUCCAAACUCUGAAGUGUUGUGAUAGUGUGUCAAGCUAUAACAGUUAUUUAGAGCGUGACAAAAACUGCUACAAAUGUGGUUAUAACCCACACGUUCGCGACAAAGAUAAUGCUAUUGAACUGAUAGAAGCCCCUACAAAACAACAGGGAGUUGAAGCACGUCUCAUUGAAGAGCUGAAAUUAUCUGGAGGAAACCUGGUUUUAACUUCUGUUAAGGAGGUUACAACAGAAUGUUCCCAAACUUUAAGUUCAUUUUUAAAAUAUUCCAUCACCGAGGCUAAAGUGGAAGGAAGAAGCAUCGAUUCUUUUUCCCAUCUUCAAUCAGUCCACAGCGAUGAUACAGAGCCGACACAAAGGAGAAUAUCAAUGAGGCACUUGCUGCACCAAUGCCAUGAGGGUGUUGACUUUGGGAGUGUGGCUUUAUUUGAAGACCGGAGUGAAGGUGAGGGAGCUUCCCAUACCCAGUUGCAAACGGUUCUAUCAGACAAUACACAGGUUCUGCCAGCAAAAACGGGUUUAAGUACUGACGAUGCACGUGACAUCAGUCGUUUUGAUGAGGAACAGUUUUGUUGUGAUAUUGAUGACGAGGCUUUAUUUGGCGACGGCUGAUUAGACAGAAUCAAAUAAGACAAUGUAUAUGUUUUCGUCAAUGAAUAUCUAUUUAUAUUUAGUUAGAAUGAUUAAAUCUCAUAGUAACUUUACAUUAAGUAAAAUAUGUUAUACAUAAACGUAUAUGAGACAUAUUAAUGUCCGUUUAUAGCUUGCAUUCUCAGUACAUCAAUAUGGAAGAUAAAGCAGUUAUCAUUCAAGUUGAUUAUAUGUAACUUUAUCAUGUCUGUACUGAUUAUUACAAAAUUUAACUAGGCACCUGGGGUCUUCCUCCACCAUUAAAAGCUGGAAAGUCGCCAUAUGACCUAUCAUGUGUCGGUGCGACGUUAAAUCCAACAAAAAAAAAACAAAAAAAAAAAAAAAAAAAAAAACUAUAUAAUGAUAGUAUAAACUGACUUAAUCUAUGGUACAAACAAUUUCAUUCAAUAAAUAUUGAGAGAUCUACAAAAUUUAACUGUGUUUAAUUUUGUAUAACACGCGUUUAUUUGCUCACUUAAGAUGUGCAUUAAUUGAAGCCACGUCUCCAGUGAUUUCAAGAAAGUCAGAAUACAGUCUGUUCGGAAGGCAAUGGCAAAUCUUUUAACUAUAAGUUCCAGAUAAAUUGCCUUUGUACUCUCUGUAAACUACGAUAUAAUUUAAUGUUGCCAUUUCAUAGUAAAACUCAUUGCUGUGGACAUCGGUAUUAUGGCUGAAAGUAAACCGUUAAUUGUUACACUAUAGCGACAGUUGACGAAAUUGUACAUCACAUGGAUACUAAUAAAGAGGAACGCAUUUAAAUUGGAUGACAAAUAAAAUAACGGUUUUAUGUCGAUAAAAGGCUCAGCUGUCCUUUUUGUAACGGUUGAAAUGAAGUUCAUUAAAUCCUGACUCGUAUUCAUGAAAGCUUAGACUCAAGAACGGCAAAUCUUCAAUGUGCUAUAACUUUGUCUACAGCAAAUUCAUACUGCUGUUUUGCUGAGUCAUCAUUUACUUGAGAAUGAAGAUUCGUGCAAAGUUUCUUUGACAAUGACAAAGCAAACGAAAAUAUAGCACUUGAAUACGAGCCCAAGUGUUGUGGCUUUCCAGAGCAUCAAAAAUGACUUUCUGUAUUACUUUUUACAUGCUAAAAGCUGCAAAGUUCAACCUUAUUUGUGCAGAACGGUUUAAUCCAAAUAACAGUACUUCUAACUUAUUAUACCGGCAUGUUGCAAUCUUUAAUUCAAUAUUUUUUUAAUAAUUUAAAGCAUUACUUGAAGGUAUUUUGUCUUAAACGAGAUAGGUGUUGAGGUUGGAUGACGAGUAUAUAACAGUCAGAAUGAGUAAAGGUUCGUAGACGAGUUUUUGCCUUCAGUACGUCCCGGUCCUAGGUCACCUAGCAUAGAAUAUUUGUGGAAGGGAGAAUCGUAUUUUCUAUCUUCAAAUGCCGUAAAGAUCUUGUACAAAAAACAAACAUUGUGACAGAUUCAUGAGCAUCGGAUAGGAAUUGUGGCUUCUGGACAGUUAAAAGGUUUUCUAUGAUUGGACAUAUUUAUAACCUGGUUUUUGACCCUUGAUGAUAUAGAUUAAAAAGUGACCUAGAUUUUAUUGCGAAAUCAUUCUGAUCAGUUUCAAAAAAGAUCAGGUAGGAGAUGUGGUAUCUGGAGAACUGAAAAUGUUUUUCUAAGAUUUAACCUACUGGUCUAGCUUCAGACCUAAACUGACCCAUUUAAAAAUUUAUGUCAACAGAUUUAUUUGGCAGAUCCUUCUUUUGUUCACUUACAAUAAUUAUUUUUUAAUUACUUCCCUUUUACGUUACUAUAAAUAGCUUAUUUUUAGUAACUUUUUUAUUAUUGGCCGUAGGGAAACCCCGAGACCACUUUUCUGUGGUACAACAUGGAUGGUACCUCCAAUUUUUAGGUGUAUUUUGACAUAUCUUACCUUGUAAGAUUUUUUUUUUCUUUUUGGUUAAAUUUCUUCCCUUUGUUGUUCCUGUCCUUUGGACUUAGAUAUUUUUUCUGAGGACCUUCUUGUCCUCAAGUGCAGUGAUGACAGGUGAGCGAUAUAGGGCCAUCAUGGCCCUCUUGUUCUAUUUUAUUAUCACAGCAGCGUUGUUUGUGCCGUGUGGCGGCCGUAAAGUCUCCCCUACAUUCAAUCAGCGCUGUUUUAUUCCGAUCUUUUCAGAUCGUUCAGCACGACUUUUAUGUCGUGUUAUUGGUACUGUUUA